UUUAAUGCUAGGAUGCAACCAACUCACAUAAUUUUUUUUUCUGUUAAGACAAUGUUAAUUUUUCGGUUUAAUCGUGACAAUAAGUUCUUAUUUAACAAAGCGAUCAGUUGACACCUAACAACAUUUUUUAAUUGCAAAGCAAGUAGACAAGUUGGGAACAAAAAUCAUCAACUUGUUUUGCAUCUGUGUUGCUAACCUACUGUUGGAAAUAUUUUCGAGUAAAAACAUAUUAAGUUUAAAACUUAAGCACUUACACCCGACAAAAUGAGCGAUGAAUUGACUAAGGAGCAAACUGCUUUAUUACGGAAUGCAUUUAAUGCUUUCGAUCCAGAAAAAAAUGGCUACAUCAAUACUGCCAUGGUUGGUACGAUUCUUAGUAUGUUGGGUCAUCAACUUGACGAUGCUACUCUGGCUGACAUUAUUGCUGAAGUCGAUGAAGAUGGAUCGGGUCAAAUUGAAUUUGAAGAAUUCACCACUCUGGCCGCCCGGUUUCUUGUUGAAGAGGACGCUGAAGCUAUGAUGGCCGAAUUAAAAGAAGCUUUUCGCCUUUACGACAAAGAAGGAAAUGGCUAUAUCACAACUGGUGUUCUGCGAGAAAUUCUGCGAGAACUAGAUGAUAAAUUGACCAAUGACGAUCUAGACAUGAUGAUUGAGGAAAUCGAUUCCGACGGAUCAGGAACCGUUGAUUUCGAUGAAUUCAUGGAAGUAAUGACUGGUGGCGAUGAUUGAACACAUUCUUGAAGAAUACUUCGUAAAACUUUUGUACUAAAAACGGUAUUCACUUAAUGAAAAUAAUUUAAUAUAAAAGCUUAUGUAAUUGUGAAA